ACCACUUCCUCUUAGGUGACGCUCACAUGACCGCUACUCAGCUAUGCGACUGAUGUCUGCUGUAACUUUCACUCUCCUUAGUGCAGUAAUAUGCUGUUCCCUGACAGAAAAGCUACCAAAUGCUUCGCCUCCAAACAUUAUCAUCAUGCUCAUGGAUGACAUGGGUUGGGGGGACCUGGGGGUGUUUGGCCAGCCCUCUAAAGAAACCCCCAAUCUGGAUGCCAUGGCAGCUCAAGGGAUGCUUCUUCCAAACUUCUACACCGCCAACCCACUCUGUUCCCCAUCCAGAGCUGCACUUCUCACCGGGAGGCUGCCUGUCAGAAACGGUUUCUACACCACUAAUGGCCACGCCAGAAACGCAUACACACCCCAGGAGAUAGUGGGAGGAAUCUCCAAGGAUGAGAUUUUGUUGCCCCAGAUGCUGAAGAAGAAAGGUUAUGUCAGCAAAAUAGUUGGCAAAUGGCAUCUGGGCCACAGACCACAAUACCUCCCUCUGAAGAAUGGUUUUGAUGAAUGGUUUGGUGCACCAAACUGCCACUUUGGCCCAUAUAACGGCAGCAUCAGACCCAACAUUCCUGUCUACAACAACUCUGAGAUGCUUGGCAGAUACUAUGAGGAGUUUACGAUUAACAGAAAGACAGGAGAAUCAAACCUCACACAGAUCUACUUGAUGGAAGGUCUUGACUUCAUACUUCGUCAGACUAAAGACCGGCGGCCUUUCUUCCUCUACUGGGCACCUGAUGCCACUCACGCUCCUGUCUAUGCCUCCAAACGCUUCUUAGGGAAGAGUCAGCGAGGCCGUUAUGGGGAUGCGGUGAUGGAGCUGGACUACAGCGUCGGUCAGAUCUUAUCAUGGCUGCGGACUUUCGGCAUUGAGAAUAACACCUUUGUUUUCUUCACCUCAGACAAUGGAGCCGCUCUAGUGUCUGGCCCAAAAGGGGGUGGAAGCAAUGGGCCGUUCCUCUGUGGGAAGCAGACCACUUUUGAGGGGGGCAUGAGGGAGCCUGCCAUCGCCUGGUGGCCUGGACACAUCAAAGAAGGCUCGGUGAAUUUCCAGCUGGCCAAUGUUAUGGACCUGUUCACCACCAGUCUGGCUCUGGCCGGCAUCAACCCUCCUGAUGAUCGAAUCCUGGACGGUCUGGACUUGACACCAGUGUUGCUCGACCGCCCCCACACACUCCAAAACAGGCCAAUCUUCUAUUAUCGAGGGAAUGAGCUGAUGGCUGUGAGGCUUGGGCAAUACAAGGCCCACUACUGGACCUGGACCAACUCAUGGGAGGAGUUAAAAAAUGGUAUAAACUUUUGUCCAGGUCAAGAGGUACCGGAUGUGACAACCCAUGAACAGAAGGAGCACACACAGCAGCCAAUCAUUUUCCACCUAGGCCAGGAUCCUGGAGAAAAGUUCCCAAUCAGUGUUUUGACUAAGGAGUACCAGAAUGUUCUGAGCAUGAUCUCUCCAGUCGUGGAGCAGCAUAAGAAGACUAUGGUGCCUGGUAUCCCCCAGCUCAAUAUGUGUGACAUGGCAGUGAUGACCAAAGAACUACAGACUCUUCACAACCUGCUCAAACUCUUCAUACAGGACCUCACCACAUGGGUCAAGAAGGUUUCCGUCUCAUUUCUACUCUGAAGAUCACCUUCUCCUGCUCAAACUGCUGACAAAUGUUUCUGCUGCUCUAAAGUCUGGUCUCCAGAACUUCCUAAAAACUCUCAAAGUCUCUUCUGCUGCAGGUUGCUAUGUAGAACUGUUGCAGAAAACCUCACUAAACCACAUGGAGGAGCCUCAGGAUAGUCGUCCAAAUGAAACCAUACAAAAACCAAACUAGUACAACCCAAAUGCUUAAGUCUCCUGCAGCCUACCAGAGAACCUCUGAGAACAGAGAAUCAGGACAGGAACUCUUACCUUCUGGACAACCAACGUUGGUUCUCAAGCAAGAAUACAGAAUGUGUCUGACCAAAAACCUCUGAAGACUCACUACAGCCAAGAUAAAGACACAACUCAGCUGCAUCAAAUCCACUAAUCACUGCACACAUUAGCACCAUGUGCUGACUGUGGCUAAAGAACCUCAUUUACCAAGACAACUAUCCAGUACAAAGCCCUAAAACACACCAAGAAACACAUUAAAGAUGAUUUUACUGCUGGAAGCUGCAAGCCAACGCCUAAAGAGCAAACUAAAGCAAUGGAGUCAAACCCGGUUCUGUGGUGAAGAGAAGCAGAGGAAAUGUUUGUCUGCAGCUAAAUAAAGCAGGAAGACACUGAGCUGCUCAGGUGUUCCUGAUAACACCUAGCUGUCACCUGGACAGCCAAUAGGAACACAGCCACCUGGACAGCCAAUAGGAACACAGCUUACUGGAAGUCCAGAGGGCUGGCUUAGUGAAGGAAAUUUAAUUUAAAGUUGAAGCAGAAAGUUAACAAAGAAAGUUGAAAACCACCUUCUGAUCCCUGAAAUCUCUGAGUUUUCACACAAAGAACACCUGAACAUGUCAAACUGGUUUCAUAGUAGAACCAUCAUUGUAAAAACAUCAUAGUAUGGUGUGUUGCUCAAAAAACAUUAGGACCCGGCUGUCAGGGGACAAACAUGUAAGAAACAUGAGAACAGAGAGAACCCAACCAGUAGGUCACAGUUUAUCAUCCCCCAGUCAUCUCCUGAAGUCCAUAUGGUGAGAGACAUCAGUAUCUGGUUGUUAAUUUACCAGAGGAUGCUUAUAAUCAUGCUGAUGUGGUCUGUACUCUACAGUAUUUUAGUGACUCAAUAAAUGCCUAAGUUGUUUUUUUUUAAUGCUUUUCAGUUUUUAAUAAACAUUUAACAGCCUAUAUGUAAUCAAUAAAUGGCCUUUGCCUAUCUUAAGAAACAUUCACUCAGAACUCUGAUAUGUUAACAGUACUAAAUAAAUCAAUAAAUACAUGCAUACACACAAAAAUAAGUUAAUCCAUUAACUGUGUUAAAAUAAGAUUUAGAUUUUAAAAAAAGUUGUUCAUGUUUUUGCAGAAUCCAGUAUUACUCACUGGUUGGUCAUUACAUUUUGUUAGUUUGAUUUCACUGUUUAAAAUGAUGCCACCUCUUUUCAGACAGAACCUGUGAUAAUAAAACAAUACAAAAUUUUUAGCUGCAUGUUAAUAAAGUACUUAAAGCUUUAAGUAUGGCUAAAUGCUUUUUUCAAAAUUAAAUAUAUCACUCCUUAGGUGGUAGUGGCCCCAAGUUCGGUAAAGUUGGAAAGAUAUUCACAGAUUCAGACUUCCAGCAUCAGUAACUCAUUAGAUAUAGGUUGUCAAAACAUAAACGGUGCCUCUUUCCCAUUGUUGCAAGGCAGACAAUGUGCUACAAGCCCAGUUUUAUCAAAAGUAGCUGUCUUUCAAGCUACAGGAAUAACAUUGGUGUCUAUGGAGUGAACAGGGUCCGUCUGCAAUUUGCAAAACCGCUGCAACAGUAAAGAGAGACAAAUAUUCAAUAACUUCACUCUUAUACAUUGUAGUGUCACUAAAAUCACUGCAGCCUUCAACUGGCUCCUGUUGACAAAGUGUUUUAACAGAAAUGUAAAUGCUGUAAUUUGAUUCUUUUAAUGAACCAUGUAACUUGAAUGGAUGUGAUGCUGGUGUGACCACAGUGCACACGUCUGAUGUUGCUCACAGUGGUCCAAGGGACGCUCAGGGAGUUUGUGUGUUUGCUCAGACUCAGGAAAAAUUACAGGGAACAUUGCUGGUGUAGUUGCUAAGGAAAAACAAAACAUCAUUUUAAUAACAUAGACUAUUGCCAUGUUCAGUGAUGACAGUUUUUUUUUUCGAAGUGUUAUAAGUUAAGUCAGUAAUAUUGCAGCAGAACUAGGAAAUGGAAAAAUAAAUUCAGUAAUAUUGUAGUAGAAAAAAGGAAAUCCAUCCAUCAUUUAUACACUGCUUAAUUCUCAUUAGGGUCGCAGGGGGCUGGAGUCUAUCCCAGCUGACUUGGGGCGAGGCAGGGGACAUCCUGGACAGGUCGCCAGUCUGUCACAGGGCUACAUAUACAGACAAACAAUCACACUCACAUUCACACCUACCUGCAAUUUAGAAUCAUCAGUUAGCCUCAGCAUGUUUUUUGGACUGUGGGAGGAAGCCGGCAUACCUGGAGAAAACCCACACAAGCACCGGGAGAACAUGCAAACUCCAGGGAAGGCCAGGACAUGAACUGGGGAUCUUGUAGCUGCAAGGCGAAAGUGCAAACCAGCAUGCCACUGUGCAGCAAGAAAAAGGAAAUGUGAAAAUAUAUUUAAAUAACAAGUUUCUGUAGUCCUCGUGGCUAAAAAUACCUGAUGUAAUUUCACUAUGAAUUCAACAGUAAAAACUGAAAUCUCCAAUAA